AUGCCUAGUAGCGACCUGCCCCUGCUCGCCCUUAAUAGCAGCAGCGUCUGCAGCUUAUCUGCCCUAAUAAUCCUUAAGGAGCUAAUAGAGGCUGUUAACCCUAACGCGCUGCUAAAGCUAUGCAACUACUUUAACAUAAUUAGAGGUAUAAGCAUAGGCAGGCUAAUCGCUAUUAUGCUUAGUUAG